AUCUUGAGAACAGUUCACGGUAAUUCGUCAUCCAUUUCUCUAAACAGUUGGCAGAAUUUGUGCGUGCAGUGUGCGCUAGACUGCCGACGGCGUCCGUUUGUAGGAAAGAGAGAAGACAUUGGAAGGAGCCCUUUUGUCAAAUUAAAGGAAAUCAACUUCGGAUUGAGAAGUAACUCUAAUAGUCAGAUAAAAGAGAAAUCAAGAAAGUCCGGAGGUUAACAAAGUGAUAGUUGAGCUGCGUUUUGGAUUCUUUGACCUCUUGAACUCCCCGCGAGUUUUUUCUUCCCGCGAGGUGAAUAACAGUGGUACAUAGACGAACCCCUGACCCCUCCGCUGAAGCUUCGCGCCUCGGCGCCUAGACUAUAUCAAAAGAAAGGAAAAAGAAAUUGCGGAAGCGGGGAGGUUAAGAGGACGGCACGAAAGGGAGAACGCGCCGUCCAUCACCAUGAAGCUCGUUGACCACGUGGUGAGGAGCUUCAAGGUGGCCAAGGUUUUCCGUGAAAAUUCCGAUCGCAUAAAUAGCAUCGAUUUUUCACCAAACGGGGAUACUUUGAUCUCCUGCUCGGAAGAUGACCAGAUCGUGAUAUAUGACUGUGAGAAAGGCACUCAGGUGCGUACAGUCAAUUCCAAGAAAUAUGGUGUAGAUUUAAUCCAUUUCACCCAUGCAAAGAAUACUGCGAUACACAGCAGUACAAAAAUUGAUGACACCAUCCGCUAUCUAAGCUUGCAUGACAAUAAGUAUAUCAGAUAUUUCCCAGGUCAUAGCAAGAAAGUUGUAUCAUUAUGUAUCAGCCCUAUAGAAGAUACAUUUCUUUCUGGAUCUUUAGAUAAAUCAUUAAGACUAUGGGACUUACGUUCUCCUAAUUGUCAUGGUGUUAUGAAUGUUUCGGGACGUCCAGUUGCUGCAUAUGAUCCAGAGGGUCUGAUUUUUGCAGCAGGUGUCAAUUCAGAGUUUUUGAAGCUAUAUGAUCUACGCAGUUUUGACAAAGGGCCAUUUGUUACAUUUAAAUUAUCUCAAGAGAAAGAAUGUGAUUGGACAGGACUAAAAUUUAGUAGAGAUGGUAAAACCAUUUUGAUCUCUACAAAUGGCAGCACAAUCCGUUUGAUUGAUGCCUUUCAUGGUACUCCGCUACAAACAUUUGCUGGUUAUUUGAACAACAAGGGAAUUGCAAUUGAAGCCAGCUUUAGUCCUGAUUCACAAUUUGUAUUUAGUGGAUCCACAGACGGAAGAGUGCAUGUAUGGAAUGCUGAAACUGGAUACAAAGUUUGUGUGCUUAAUGGAGAUCACCCUGCACCAGUUCAGUGUAUUCAAUUUAAUCCUAAGUACAUGAUGUUAGCAUCUGCCUGUACCAAUAUGGCAUUUUGGUUGCCUACUGUUGACGAAAGUGCAUAAAAUCAAUGCAUCAAGUACUGGGCAAUGCUUGCUAGAAUUUAUCUAAUUUUGUGCAAGAACGAACUGAAAAUGACAUCGGUUCAAGGAGGGAAUAACAGCAGUUCUUGGGUAUUUCAAAUGAGCAGAAAUUGCAUUUACAUUAUGUACAAGAUUAACUAACCGACGUAUGAGACGCCGGUGUUGGAACAAACCCAAGAAGCAGAAAAAAUGGCUACAAUAUCCAGGAAAUUGGCCCGCUUGGCUCAUUGGCUUGCUUUGAGUAUGUCAUGCAUGGUUUAUGUAUUUUGCCAUCUUCAUCUUCAUCGUCAUAUACUCUGUGGCGCGAUGAACGUGACCAUCAUAAUACCUUGUCAAUAUUUAAAAAUCGUGAUACACCAUCACUUCUCUUAUUUCUCAAAGUAUAUUUACAAAUAUUGCUAGUAUUUGGAUAUGUCAUCUUGUGUACAUAAUUCCUUCUUGUGUACCUGUGUGUAGUAACGAUACAGAAUUAUCUAUACCAUACAGACAUCUGAACAGUUUGACCAUACUUCGGCAAAACCAGUAACUUCAAUAAUUAUUUUGAUUCACUGCACUAAAAAAAAAUUAACAUAUAUUAUAUUAUCAAUAGAAUGUAUUUGUAUAGAUUUUUUAAUUGAAACAUUUUGAUGUUAUUCACUUGAAAUAAGUUUGUACAGCACAAAAAAAGAAAAAAGAAUGAUAAUUUUUUUUAUUAAUAUUUCGAAAACAAAUCGAAUUCUAUAUCUACUAUAUGAAAUUUUACAUUUUAUUCUAUGAUACAUAAUUGGUUGAUGAAAAGAAGAAUUGUAGUCGCUGAUAUCGCGCAUGGGGAAAUUGUUGUAAUCAUAUUGCAUUAACACAUAUCUCAACAAAUUGAUUCAUUAAUUAAAUAUGCUAGUGGCCGUCCGAAAUCAGGGAUAUUUUUCGUGACCUCAUUAUGAACGGGCGUUCACUUGAAAUUCAAUGAUUAUACGACCUCGUUGCGCGCAAGAACGAUAGGAUAUCGAGCUUAUUUAUUAUGCGCAAUAAACAUGUGAAAUGUCUUAAAUAGACACUUUGUUGACGGCAGUAAAGUAUCUCGUGUUUCUACUACUUCCAUGCGAUAAAGGUAUAAUAAUUCUGAAAGUAUACUGCCAACGUUGGCACUUAUGUUAUUGUAUAUGUAUUAUUCUAGAUAUGGUAUCGUUUUUAAUCUACAUGCGUGGAACCGGCGGGCCGGGUGAGAAAACAUUCGAUGAUGGUAGGAAGUGCAGUUAAGUCUAAUCAUUUUCACACAGUAGUUCGGUAAAUUUUAAUGUUUACAUCUAUGCGAUAAAGCAUUUUACUAUAAGCCAACAGGUGCAUUGGAAUGAACAGGCAGCAUUUUAUUACAAAUUAAAAAAGAGAAAAAGAUAUAAAAAAGAAGAAAAAAAGUUCGACAAUCCAUCCUUUUAAUAUGAUAUAAUUGUAGUUAAAUGGCUGUUUCGUUUCGUUCUAUACGUAUGUAAGUCCAUAUUUAAUAAAUUAUCGAAAUUGUAUUGUUUAUUUAGGAUGAAAAACUGAAGAUAUCGCAAAAACCGCAUCGAAAAGAAUACCACACAAAAUUGUAUGACUUGUACUACAUAUUUACAAUACUGCUCGUGCACAUUCUGUCUGUUCGAUUAUAUAGCCCUGCCUUCAUCAUACGUGUAUAUAUCAUUAUAUCUACGGUGUCCUCUAGAAUUUCUAGAUGUUUUCCUUAACAUACCUUAUGCAAGAGUAGAUGAUUGUACUAUUCUAUACGAAAAAAACGCGUACGUAUGCGUAACGUGUAUGAUUGUGUUGCAUAUUUGCGUAUUGUCUAUUGAUUCUACAACGGUGUAUGAGUGCGUGUACGAAUGUCUCUUCGUAUGUAAUGUGUUCGCUUGUAUAUCUUCGAGGUCGGCGAGCUCUUGAAUGCAUUACUUGUGCGCUAAUGCACGAGAGUUCGCCACAUCUUGUAAAAUAGUAUUUUUCUAAGUGGCGAAACAGUGUACGCAAAGAUUGCGGUCUACGUCGAACAUACGAAAACGAAGAAAUACGAUUUUAUUUAAAAACAUGUAUUGUGCGUAAUUAACAAAAAAGAAGGCGAAUAUACGCCGAAUUUAAUGAACCAGAUCGAAGCAAAGAUUUCAUAGGGUACCCGAAAGAUAGACUCAAAGAAAUCAAAUCGUUUUGAAAGUACCACGAUCGAUCCACGUAUAUAGAUUAAAAUACUUUCGUACUGCCAACUAUAAUUGAAUAAAUCCAAGCCCAUGCCAAGAAUAAUCUCGAAUAUAAAUUUCUGUAAAUCGUUCAACAUGCGAAACACUGUGUUCCCAAACGGAAAAAGCAACAACUUGUAUAUAUUUUGGCAAGUUAACGACGGAACAUUAUCUAAUCGAUAAAUUUACGUUCUUCCGUGAGUGGAGACGUGGAAAUUGAUCAUUGAUCGAUUAGAUUUUUCAGUGGUUAUAAGUCCACUUCAAUUUGUUUCCACGUUCAAAGCGUCAGUCAGGGGCAUAAAUAAACGAUUCUUUUUUCCUGAGAUUGUACGAAUCCUCGUAAAGUUGUAUAUAUAAAAACAAAAUAAUAUGAUAUUCUUUUUAUAAACAUCAGUCUUCAUUUAGUGAUUGUAUAUUUACAUUCUAUUGCCCAUAACGAGGAUACACAAUCUAUAAAAAAGAAGAUAAUGUUGUGCAAGCCAAGAACUUUUUACUGUUAAACCAUUUAGUUUAAUUUUUGUCAUAUUUAACUAUUUCAAUGAAGUAAAAGAAAUAUUAUUUCUAAACUAUACAAUAUUACUCAUUUACGCCUCUGUCAUGACCGUCGAUUUAUGUGGCCACUUAACAUAGGGAUUUAGAACUGAAUUAAGAUUAGGUGUAUAUUGUGUCAAUCGAAUGAAUCUUAACAAUUAAGAGAGCGUUUUAUUAAAAUGCACUUAAAAA